AUGAAAAGUCUCUCAUGUCAUGUAGUUGCACUUCUAUCUAUCUUGGCUAUAACACUUUCAUUAACCAAUGCUUCCGACCCAAGCCCUCUUCAGGACUUCUGCGUCGCCAUUGACACCCCAGCUGAUGGUGUCUUUGUGAACGGGAAGUUCUGUAAGGACCCGAAGUUCGUCACGGUAGAUGACUUCUUUAAGUCAGGGCUAAACAAAGCAGGAACACCUAAUGAAAAAACUGGUUCUGUCGUGACACUCGUCAAUGUCAACCAGAUUCCAGGGUUAAACACUCUUGGAAUCUCUAUUGUCCGUAUUGAUUAUGCAGUUAACGGACAGAACCCACCUCACACCCAUCCACGAGCCUCUGAGAUCUUGUAUGUCGCACAUGGAACACUUCUAGUAGGUUUUGUCACGUCAAACCCUGAAAACCGUCUCUUCUCUAAAGUACUCAACGAAGGUGAUGUGUUUGUGUUUCCAGAAGGACUCGUUCAUUUCCAAGCUAACGUUGGGAAAUAUCCCGCGGUUGCAUUCGCUGGUUUGAGCAGCCAAAACCCCGGUGCCAUCGUUAUUGCGGACACUGUGUUUGGUUCUAACCCACCAAUACAACCCAAUGUUCUUGCGAAGGCGUUUCAGUUGGAUACUAGGACUGUCAUGGAUCUACAGGCUAAGUUCAAGAAAUAAUAGCAUUGUGUUUUU